UAGUAGCUCUCGCUCAUUUUUUUUCUCUCUAGCUCCCUCUCUCUCUAUUUUGAGGCAAAAACUAAAAACACAACCACAAAAGCUAUGGCUGGUAUGCUUCCCGGAGUUGAGUGCGCAAGGAGGCGACGUUUCCACGGCGGUGCUCCUCCGAUCGAAUCUUCCAACGCGGCUGCCGUGGCUGCGGCAGUAGGACACGUGUGGACGCGGCGACCAUCGUUCUCUCUUUACACUACCAAUAAUGAAAGCCACCAAGCACAUGUCUCCUUCUCGGAGAGAAGUUUUAGGAGCAAGUCUUAUGGAGAAGACAGCGACGAGAAACUCGACGGAGCAGCCAAAGAGGCGAAGCAAAGGCUGAACGAACGGCUGAGAAUCCCGCGCACAAGGCAAAAUGGUAAAGACAAAGGAAAUUACAAAGGGAUCAAAGGUAAACUUCAUGGGGAGUUACUGACCGAAGUGGUCGGGUUGAAGAAGAGCCGAGGAAGGUUGAUGGAAUGGUUCAAGUGGCGAGUAAGGGAACAACAAGACUGUGCUAUAUGUUUAGACCAGUUCAAGAAGGGUGAGACAUUGGUACACUUACCAUGUGCUCAUAAGUUUCACUAUGUAUGCUUAUUGCCUUGGUUAGACACCAAUGUGUAUUGCCCUUAUUGUAGAACCGAUAUUUGGAAUUAAAUUUCAUAUUUCUAGGUCUUGUUUAUGGCUAA